CUUUAUUAAAGUCGAUAUGAUCGAUAUGAACUACAAAAUGCACUAAAAUAACAAUCAAAGGAGAUAAAAAUUACAAAAUAUAAUUGAUCAUUUAAGUGGCACGUAAUCGUGUGAAUGAAAAAAAUUAUUAAAAAUGACAUCUGAUUACAUGACAGACUCUGUGAGCGAUUCACAAAACUUUACAUUACGACUCUCUGAAGAUUCUAUUAUUGAAGACACACAGGAUCUUGUUGCAACUAGUAAGACAAAAGACAAGGAUGAUAUUAUUAUAAUUAGUGAUUCAAGUUGUAGCUCAUCACCUGAGCGUAAUAGCAAGUCAAGAUGGAAAUACAAUUCUAAUUCUAUCAAGAAUAAGAAGGAAAAGUAUCCGAGAUUGUAUUUCCUAGAGACUUCUUCUUCAGAAAGUGAAUAUGAAAAGCCUAAUUUGUCAUGCAAAUGGAUUGCCAGAUCUGAUGAUAAACCUCUGGAAAGAAAAUAUAUAAAUAAAACUACAAUACAAAUUAAUAAGGCAUCUUAUACGUCUGACGAAACUGCUAAUAGUGGCAGUAUAAAUGAUAGAAAUACUAAGAAUAAAAUAAAUAAUGAUAAAUCUUACAAAAAUCCUAUAUUAAUGUUUCCAGAGAAAAAAAUGAUAGAUUCAAAAAUGAGAGAAAAGUACAAUGUUAAAAAGGCAAAUGAAGUAAUUACUCCAAACUAUCUUACAUAUAGUGAUGGUUCUGAUAUUACUAACAGAGUAAAUAAAUUUCCAGUUUAUAAUACUCUGCAACGAGAUAAAACAGGAAAGAUGAAACUUACAAAGCAAGAUACUCAUAAAAUUUUGAAAAAUAUAAAAUCCACACAGGUUGUGUAUAAUUCUCCCAGAGAGAAAAAAGAAACUAAUGUAAUAAUUGAUGAAAGCACAGAUGAACAUGUAAUACAUCCAGCUAUAUCACCUAAUUAUGACAAAAAAAUAAAAUAUAAUUUUAAUGACGAUCCUGAUGUUAUUGAUACAAGUCUUAAGGAUAAUGUUAGUUCACAAACGGAUUUGUUGAAAUCAUACAAAACAUAUAGUAAAUUUCUUGAUGUACUAAGAAAAGAGGAUCUUCAUAAAUCUUUAUCUGAAAGGAAGAAAAGACAAAUUGCAGAAUGGCUUAUGACAAAUUCACCUAAUUCUUUAAGUGAUAGUUCUUGCAGCAACAUACCUCUAAGUAUUAGAAAUAGCAUAGAUUCUGGAAACAGCAGUCUAGAAAGAUUAGAACUGGAUUAUGAAACUCCAAAUAAUAGAGGAAAAAUCAACAAAGUACAAACUGAGAAGCAAACCACAAUUAUUAAUUCUGACAAAUUUAAUACACCAGAUAGAUCUUUGCUGAAAGUGAAUACUGACAAAAAAGUUGCCUCCUCAGUGAUAAACACACCUACAAAUAUGGAUAUAAUGAACUGUGCAGAUAUUUUAGAUAAUCUUUAUGGUAAUACAUGGAGAGAUAAAGCUAAUGCAUUAUUACCAACAACUGAACCACGAAAGACAUCUAAUCAAAUAACAAAUAGAAUUAUCCAAACAGAACGGAAACCUAUAUCAAAGAAUAGAUAUUAUAUAACAGAUUCAGAUUCAGAUUCAAAUAAAUCUGAUAUGGUUAAAAACAUUAAAUUAAAUCGAAAAAAGAAUAUUCAACAAAAUCAAAGAAAAGAAGACAGUUUUAUUAAUGACGAAUCACUAAGUAGUGAUAGUGAGAGUUUAUAUCACACUGCAUUAACAAAUCCAAGAACUUCUAUAAAUAGUACAGCAUCCAAACCUAUGCCAGUGGUAUCUUCAAUUAAAAGACUUCAAGCAAUAUGUGAUAUCGAUACUGAAGAUGAAAAUGAUAAAUCUAGCAGUUCCAAGGAGAAAUCUGAAGUUCCAAAAAAGAAUCUACAUAGAAGAAGAUUAUCAUUUAGUGAUGAUGAAAGUUCCAGCACAAGUGAAUUUGACCCUGGAGAUUAUGUACCACCAAAAAAUAUAUAUAAAAAAGAAGUUAAUAGGACUCCACAACAAUCCAGAUUUAAAUUAGUUGCAGCAAAUAAGUCUAUAGGGUACAAAAGCUUUUUGACAUCUUUGUCAAGUACAAUUCCAAUAAGUAAUACUCAUCCAGAUGCACAAAAGUAUAGAUUGGAUUAUAAAAAUAAUAAAGAUGAAUUAUGUAAAAAAUUAUAUAAAUUGUAUAAUGAAAAAGUAUUUGAUAAUCAGUUGCCUCAAGAUAUGUCGAUUGAGUGGAAUAUUCGUAUGAGAGGAACUGCUGGAUUUUGUUAUAACAAGAAAUCUAUAAGAACUCUUAGUGGUGUUGUUAAAUCUUCAAGAAUUGUAUUGGCAACAAAGAUUGUGGAUACACCAGACAGAUUAAGAGAUACUUUGAUUCACGAGAUGUGUCAUGCUGCAACUUGGCUAAUAAACGAUAUCUCGGAUGGUCAUGGACCUUUUUGGACAAAAUGGGCUAAUAAGGCAAUGGAAACAUUUCCUGAAUUACCACCAAUUCGUAGAUGUCAUGAUUAUGACAUUAAAACUAAGUAUACAUAUCGAUGUACAGGUUGUGGAUACAGUAUUGGAAGACAUUCAAAAUCUUUGGAUAUUGAACGUAAACGAUGUGGUCAUUGUCUUGGCAAGUUUGAAUUGUUAGUUAAUAAAACAACUAAAUCUGGCAUUAAGCAAGUGCAAACUCCAAAAAGAGAACCUUCUGGUUUUGCGCUUUAUGUGAAGCAGAAUUAUAAUUCAGUGAAAAAAGAGAAAAAUAAUAUGAAACACGCUGAGGUGAUGAAGAUUUUAGGUCAGCAAUUUUCAGCAAUUAAAAUAGCAAAGAAAGAUAAUGUAUCUAGCAAUUAAAAAUGAUCCAGAGAUAUCUCA